GCACGACCCACUCUUCGACAUGUCUACCAAGGCAGGUCUAAGACCAUGGCUUUCUGCCCCAAGAUGCAUGCGCAGAAGCCAGUUUUCGGCUCUCCAACAUAGACGAAAUGUAUACACUUCCAGUGACCAUCCAUUUCCUCUGCAGUCACCAGAUGAUUGGCAGCUGUUGCAAGACCGUCGGAUACGUUUCAAAAUGCUCGUCGAUCUAUUUAGCGAGCAUGGCUCUAAUGUGACGCGAGAUAACACCUUCCAACCCCACCACCAGUUGCACCGGCCUCUCGCUCCGUCUGAAGCAACAUUAUCCGCACUAAUAGCUGCUGGUGCACAUUUUGGGCAUGCUAAAUCCUUGCUCAACCCGAAUUUCAUGCCCUACGCGUACGGUGUCCGCGCUGGCAUCACCAUAAUUGACCUCGACUCGACUCUCCCACUGUUGCGGAGGGCCGCGAACCUCACUCGCGCUGUCGUUGCAAGGGACGGCACAGUUGUCUUCGUGGGCACUCGUCCAGAUCUGCGUGCUGUUGUGCGCAAAGCCGCAGAGAGGAUUGGACCACAGGCUUUUCAUGUUGGCGAAAGAUGGCUGCCCGGCACACUUACGAACAAACAGCAGCUGUUUGGGUCUGACGUCGCAAAAAGGCAACGUGUCACACCCGACCUAGUCAUCUUCCUAAAUCCUCUGGCAAAUAUCCAUGCUAUCCGCGAAUGUGCGAUACAACAUAUUCCUACUAUCGGCAUUGUCGACUCGAACGUCGAUCCUCGCGUGGUCAUGUAUGCUAUUCCUGCGAAUGACGAGAGCCCUCGAACGGCAGAGUUAAUUGCAGGUGUUCUCAGCAUAGCUGGAAGAGAAGGGAAAGUUUUGCGAGACAGAGAAGAACAGAAUAAAGAGCUACGACAAUCUAGAUACAUGCGUGCUCAUGAACGAGGUACUACACGGUACGUAGCAGACAGACAUUAGUUUACUAUAUGCCAUCAGCGUUGUAAUGGAUGUGACGCUUGAACCUCACUCCAGUAUUCUAUUUCCUCCUUCAGUAAACGCAACAACAUAAUUUAGUGACAAAACUUACUCUCUGCAUCAGUCAGUGCUCGUAGAUUGCCCCCCAGUUUGUUGAUGGUUUCUACAUACUCCUCUUCUUCCACACUGUCAAAAACGAUGCCGCCUCCCGCCUGCAAAUAGGCAACUCCGUCCUUGAAUGUCAUUGUACGAAUGGCAAUACAUGUGUCCAUUUCGUCAUUAGCGAAGUCGAAACGUCCGACGGCACCGGCAUAAACUCCCCUCCGUUCACCCUCUAGUUCGGCAACCAGUUCGAUGGCUUUGAUCUUAGGAGCUCCCGAUACAGUUCCCGCGGGGAAUAUGGAGCGGAAAGCAUCGAACCU